GAAGUGGUGAAUCACACUAACGCGUCUUUGCCUAAGAUUACACGCAACAUUUCAAACGCAGGCGAUGUCAAAGAUCCAUUUAACAUUCUCUCUUUUAGCUUCUUGCUACUGAUUAUCAGCGCCACCUUAUUUGGAAAUAUUCUGGUGAUUCUUGCGUUUAAGAGGAGCGUCAAGAUUCGAACGGUAACUAACUACUUUGUAGUAUCGUUAGCAGUAGCGGAUAUCCUAGUUGCCCUUGUCUCUAUGCCGAUAUGGGCUGCAUUUCUGAUGCAAGCAAAUGUUCUUGAAGAAGGCCCGCUAGUAAAGAUCUGGACAUUUAUGGAUAUCCUCUGUGGAGUAGCCUCCAUUAUGAAUUUGACUGCAAUAAGCAUAGAGAGAUAUUUCUGCAUAAGGUAUCCUCUCAAUUAUCACACUACCAUGACGUCACUCAAAGCAAUAACUAUAAUAAUCAUAAUUUGGAUCUUUUCGAUUUUUAUGUCUUCGUUGAAGAUUAUUUUGUGGUUCUGGCCUCCCCCAAACUACGAACUAAUGGUAGUUAUAAGCUGUUUCUUUAUUCCACUGGUUGUUAUGUGCACGACGUACCGAUAUAUCUUUAAGACGGCCAGUUAUCAAGCGCGACAAAUCGCACUUAUGAUCAACGGCAACGUCAAGAACUUCCUUCUGGCGUCCGAGAUGCGCGCCGCCAAAACUCUAGCUGUUGUGAUGGGUGCGUUUGUUAUUAGCUGGGGGCCUUUCUUCAUUUUAAAUAUCUUGUUUGCAUACUGCCUUGAUUGUGUCACUACUGAUUCCGUCGUAGUGGCGAAAUGGAUGCACUACACAAACUCUCUUUUUAAUCCCAUUGUCUACGCGUGCAUGAACAAGGAGUUUCGAAAGGCUUUCUGCAUCAUCUUGUUUGGGCGAAAGCGCUGUUGUCGCAUGAGAAAAAGGGGAGCUGAAAGUUCUACGGAUCAGACUGAACUAAGUCCGGGAAAUCACCAUGUUUGACAUGGGUGUAACGCUUGUUAUUAAAUGGAAUGACAGGGUCUUGUUAUCACUGCCAACUGGACGAAACAGGCUGACUAAUCAAUUAUGUCAAGUUGACUGCAAUACGAAUAAUAACAAAGUCGAAGGACAAGUGCAGUAGGUUAUAUUAAAGAGCGCAUGAAAUGUCAUUAGAACGUGAACGUGAUUUGCUUGAGUGGCUACAGCACUUUGUACGAGUUCUGACAAAAAAUCAGAUUCAUGACUCAAAUGAUGAACUGGUUAUCAAUUGAGAUUUUUGGCCAUGGGUAACUGUCCACCUACCCCUUCCCUAAGUCACAAUGUUGCCCUAAGUGAGAAGAAAGUGUUAAUGUUGACUUAGGUGAGGGGUAGAUGGUCGGUUACCCACACUAGGACCUCAAUUGAUCGAAUGAACUUUGUCUACAACUGCACCAGCAACACUCUAAUAAUGCACCAAAAACAAUACAAAUGCACCCAGUGCGGACGUCGGAGAUAUAUAAUGUGAAAACAAAAUUUACGAAAAAAAAAAAACAACAGUUUAAAAGCAUGCCUUAAUUAUGAGGGCCCCAAAUGAAUGAGCCUGAAACUCGAUAACAAUGCGCAUGCCUCUGCGAUGCGGGCUCAGUGACAUAUUCUGCGCGCUCAAUAUUUUGAUAUCAACUCUUUUUCCAGUUUUUAAUACGUGAAUUGAGUCGUCAAGUUGUAAGGUACUUGUUCCUAAUUCUCCAAAAACGUGUGACCAAUGGGUAAGCACUCGAUCGAAAACAUCGGUUUUUUUUCCUUACUUUGAUUUUGCGUUGAAAAUCAUUAUUUUUAAGUAUUUCCGACUUAGUUGUAACCGAAGAUUGUGCACAUAUGGAAAACCAGGUCAAUUAAGGACUUAAGGGCUCUUCACAUAGGUUCACAACUCUUUAAAGGGACUGCUUCAAGGCGAUUUAGUCCAUUUCGUUUGGUCAUACCAAAUGACAUGCUAUAAAACUUUACGCCGGCAAUUAUAGCUUUACAAAAGAGUAUUUCUAAAAAAUAAAAUACUACUUACGAUACCUUAGUUAAUGACUUAAACUCACAUCAAGUUACAAAUAUCAUAGAUGAACUUUGAAAGCCUUUUGAGAUGAACAGUUUUCAACCAAAAUUGAAACAAGUCAAAUUUUCUUCAGAGUUCCCCAAUUCAGUGUUUCCUAUUGCAUUCCAUAUAUGUGUUAUUGGAAUUUUUCUUCACUGUUUUAACUGGUCAGUGGGAGGUUUUCCUCUAUUUGUUGGCCAGUUCCUAGUAGUUCAGUUUAGGCACGCUUUCAGAUUACACAGUUCUUUGAUCUAAAGCUACAAUUGUUAGAUCCCAGAAAAAGAGGAAGGCGAAGAAGCAUCUUAAAUGAAAGAAAUAUUUUAAACAUGAAGACUAAGAUUAAGUGCAAAAUUAAAAACAAGAAAUGGCUUCGAAAUUGUUCCUGUGGAACUGUUCGUUAUUUCAAUUACCUUUAUCGCUUUUGAAUUAUUUUGGUAGAAAAAAAUUAAAGCUUAAACCUAAACCACAUUCAGUAUGAACUCUAGACACUAACUUACUUUUACAGUUACUUUUUUAUAUUUUCGCCAUAAUUUUGUAAAAAUCUUUAGUGAAUAGUCGCCUUAGGUAAGAUGAUGUCAACAUCUCUACUCUUUAAUCAUACUUUUAGCCUUUUUACGCAGAAAAUAUUUAAAUACAUAUAUAUAGACACUCUUACUUAAUUCAUUCUUUUUCAAUCAAUAUGUUCUCAUUUGAAGUUCUCCUUUUCAUGUAGACUAGUUUCCACCUUGGUCUACAACGGCUUAGAUGUAUUCGCCAAGACAGAUAGCAUUAAUGACCUUUUUUGUAUAUAGAAUAAUUGCAAAAAACGUUCUACCCUGAAUUGCUUCAGGGGCACCCAACGCCAGUUUCCGGAAAAUAUCUGUUCGGAAGACGAUUUGAGAUCUAGAAUUUUCGGAAAAUUUGCUUUAAAAUGUCUUGCUUGCCUGCCUCUCAUAGGAUUUUCGAACAUCUAAAAACUAGUAAUUGCCCAUUUUUAACGGAUUUUUACCCUAGAAAGGUCACCUAGAAUUUUCUGAAGCCUUUUUUUCUGGCUGAAAUUUUCGAAAAGAAAAGUUUUGAUCCUUAUAAUUUUCGGAUCACUGUGACUUUCAGUUAGGAAAUCCGAACAGAUGAAAAAUUUUUAGGGGAUAAAAAUAUGCCUAUAUCUACCGUUUAAAUUAUACUAAAAUACGUUUAACAAUGCUAUGUUUAAAUGAUUUGAACUAUAUUCUCGUUGGGUGCCCCUGUUGCUUAAGAAGCCUCAAUUGAAGCUGCGAAGGUUCUGUAUUGUUUGUGAGAUAACUAAUUGAAAAUAAAUUGAUUUCGUAAAACUCAGCGGAACCUUUUAACUCAUUUAUGACACUGUUUCAUUGGGUUAGAAAAUGCGUUGCAAGUAAUUGCUUAGAGUAAUUGUUCUGUCUCUUCCUGCACAGUUCCAAUUUUGACUACAAACGUUAUGGCCUAUUGGUUGGCAAAAGGCGGUAAACGAUGAAUCCUCAAAGACAAGGCAGCCAUUUUGAGACACCAUGUUGAAUUUGCAAAAUGGCGUCCGCAAUCGUAUUAUAUAUGCGCGGCCGACGCACAUCCAUUAUUAGCUUGCUCGCUCUACUACGCUUAGCAGCUAUUCUUGACGUUUCUAUGUCUCAUCUUCUUCUUGCAUAGUGUUAAUAUAUAUUAUUACACUUUUCCUGAGAGGGUAUGACUAUUUGCAACUCAGAAACUGUUUGAGUUUGAGUUCUUCUUAUAUCCCUAUUUUCUCUAGUCUGUUUGUCGUUUAAUCGGCUGAGAACAACUGCAGUAUUAUGUCCUGCUAACUGACAUGUUUAGAAAACACUUUUUCUUUUUAAAAAUCUCAUCAGUGAUACAAAUUGACAAGUCUGGCAAAUAAUAAACAAUCGAGAGAGAGAAAACAAAUACAUGUACAAUAUUGACAACCGACAAUUGAUCGCGACUUACGCCACACGUACACGAAAGAGGGAAAACCGGCAGGUCAGCAAGAAACAUUACGUUCUAAAUUUGUAUCAACGGGUGUUUCAAAUUAGAGUAGAACACACGAAGAAGCCUUCUACAAUUUUCUUACAAAAAAACUCAAUUAUGCUUAAGUUAAUGUGUUUAAUAAUUACUUUCUUCUUCAAAAUGUUACUAAAGAAAUUAACAGGUCUGCAUCUCUUCCUUUCUCCCACACAGUAGAUUUUUUUUUUCAGCUUUUAACUGAAGUAGAAUUAACAAAAAGAAAAUACCCUCGAUUUGCCCCUUUUUAUAUUUUUUCUCAGAAAAUAAGCCAUAUUUUCAAGACUUAACUAUCGUUUUCCGCAUAAACGUGAGGAACGAUUCUUCUAUCAAUCAAACGAAACUUCUUUCAUAUCAGUUUUGAGAUCACUAUGAAAAGAUAAAGCCUGGAGAUGGUUUCCAUGACAAUAGAACGCACUCCUUAAUUCUUAUUGGAUGCCUUCAUAAGGAAUAAGUUUCCUUUUUCAUUUAUCAAAUUAUAGACUUCGUAAGUUCUGUUUAGGUGUCAACACCGUAGGCUGUUUCACGAACGCGAUUUUAUGUGACAGAUGUUGAAUUAAGGUAAGGAACUUUACUCUUUCAAAGGCAAAAUGAAUUCGAUAACACAGAGGUGAAACUGCCGGCAAAGCAGCAUUUAGCUGUUUAUUCGUAUGGUGAAAAUAUCUUCCCACCGUAUUUCACUAUUUUAUCUUUCUUAUUUAUUUUAUCUUCACAAAUAUUAUUUGGUGUGGUUAAUUUAUAUGUCGGGUGCAUCUAUCAAGACCCCUUUCACAAACUUUACUUGGCAACUUUUUCAGGCGCUAUUCUAGUUAAACGUGUCAAAUUUCUAACUGGUUACACGGUGUCAGUCAGUCACAAAUUCACCAUAUAUGAGUGAGCCUCUGGGAACACUGAAGCAUAUAUUUUAUUCAAUUAUUUUGACUCUUUAACCAUAAAUCGCUCCCUUUAAAUUCAUUUUCUCUAGAGUAAAAUAAAAUUCAGAAGGAAGAGUUUCUUCCUCAUCCUCAGACAUCUGUUUUACGUGAGGUUGUCGUCAUUUACAUCUCUUUGAAAGCUAACAGCUCACAGAUUCUGAAGGUUGAAACGCGUCGAAAAAUGAGCACACAAGUGAAAUAACUUUUUUGUGACAUACAAGCGAAUUGUUCAAGCUAAUAAGUUUCAGUGUUUGCCUACAAAUUAACCACUUUAAAGUGAACGUACAGUAUCAGCUAACUAAAGGUUAUCGCAAUCUCCGAGGACAGAAUUUUAACAAAAGCAAAAAGCAUAUCUCUUUUGUUCGUUGUGAACAUGAACGAAGAAAAAUGUAAGGAAAAGUUCUUCCGAAACGCUUUCAAGGGGCUAAUUAUUGAUAUUUAAAAACUGAAAGACAUUCCGCACUUUAAUCUCUCGGCUUUCGACUCAAGCGAGCUGAGCAGUAUUUAACAACUGACCUUCAAUAUUCAAUGCUUCCUUAUCCUUUUUAAGCUAUUUGCAACUCUGAGGAAUCGUUAUUUAUGAUAACAAGGUUCUAAAAGAUCAACUUCUGACAAAACGGAUGGAGUAUAUUUUGCUUUAUUGCCACUUUUCACACAAAAAGAGUAUUGUUUUGCUCGCCUCGAGGAAAAUUGAAACACACGAAUUCAUAAUUCUGAGGAGUAGCUGAUGUGCAUUUGACUGCGAUAAACGUUUCAUUUUAAUCUCUUUCUGGUUUUAGAUUAACGAGACUUCUAUUUCUCAACAAAUAUUAUUAUUUAUUUUCUAUAAUGACCGAGCCAGAAAUGCAUUUUACAUUUACGAUAUUUCCUCUUUUCACAGUUGUCUUUCAACAAUAAUGAAAACGCUUUCAGUUAAUGAAAAGCUUUUGAUGUCAUCAUUGAAAAGUAAAACAAAAAAUAUGGUACCAAAUUAGGCAACUGAAGCAAAUAGCAGAAUCGAUCUCUUUUUUUAUCAAUGGAUUGUUAUUUUUUCAAAACCUCCGGAUCAGUUUCCGUUUCGUUUUUGCUUAUCUAAAAUCCCUUCAUUUUUUUUUUCUUUUUUUAAUUCAGAAAAAUAUAGUAAUAUUCAUUGUGAGCAAUAAGAAUAAAAUUAAAUUAAUCGCCUUUUGCGAUAUCUUACUUUUGAUUUAUGGUUUCAUAAGAACAGCAACGUGACAAGUUGUAUUUUUGGCCAUUUCUAAAUCAUUUAAACACUGUGAUUACAUUUAGUGCUGUAUCUUUAUAAUUUCCUUAAGGCUUCUGAACCGUUUCUUAUACAGAAUUUUCUUGGAAAGAUUUCAGUUUGAACCAAUUCACUGAUUUGCAGAAGACAGUCGUUUUUUAAAUGAACCUUAAAGUCAGUCUGGAAAAUUUUAAAAGGAUGAAACAAACAGUAAAAAGGAUGUUUAAAAAGCCAAACAAAACAUUUUGUUCUUAACGCUUAUUUUUCUGUUCAUAAUUUUAAAAGGUGUUAUCAUUGGCUUAAAUUAACAUGAAUUCCAACCUCUAUCUAUAUUAUAUCAGUUGGAGCUCUCUUUUUGACCGUAAUUGUGCUUUAAAACAUUUUGGCAUCUCAAGACUUCGAGCGGAGUCUAGCGUAAUCUUUGUUCAUGACAUUUGUUCCUGUUUUACAACCGUCAUUAAAAGUAUUGCCUUUUAGUGCUAUUCGCUCCAGGUAUGGGUAGAUACCUCUCUCUGCAAAAACAACUUUUAACUUUUCCAUUAUAUGGGGAAAGAUAUAUUUUCACAAAACAGUAUUUCAGUAAAUUUUUCUCCAAAUUUUCUAACAUCUCUAUCACACGCGUCCUGUUGUGCAGGCCAUCGAAAUUAUUCAAUACACUAAAAGGCUGCACUGUCAUUUAAUUUUCGGUCUUUUAAGUAGAAAAAAUAAGAAAUUUUUACCACUAAAAAAAAUGAACUUGAAAGUUGGAGGUUUAUAGGGUGGUCUCUUGUGACCGUCACUCGGUUCACUUUGCGUGCAAAACGACGAAAGGCCUCCGGCAAACUAUCACUGUCAAAUUUCCUGCACUUAAUCUUACACUGAUGAAAAAAGGAUAAUCAAGAUUUCCAUUUGUGAACUGACCCGUAUUAAGGAUAUGUCGAUGAUAUAAGUUUUUGGUGGUUCACAAUUUUGCAAACAAGGGAAUCUUAGAAACAAACAUGUAAAUGAAACAUUUAAUAAAAAGUGAUAAAUAGAAUGAAGACCGUUUGAGAUGACUUUUGUUGUAUUUUUAUUUGAAGUUUAGUGAAUGCCGUGGUCGUCCCUAGAGACAUCUGCAUGAAGGUGACCAGAAAAAAAUUUUUAAGGAAUUAUUGCCUCUUUCGCUUUGUUUAUGAUUUAAGAUUAGCAGGUUCUUCGAUUUUAACUAGCUAACAAGUGAUUUUAUACAACAAGAGUGUCUCUACCCUGCCUAUAGCAUGUGUAAAAACUCGAUCAAUGGCACGAAAAAUAUGUUUACUCGCCUCAACGUGGUUAUUUGCAAAUUAGGCUAAAAAGUUGCCAUUCGCUCCUGUUUGUUAUGUUAGUCGUUUAUCCUCGUAUUUCUUGUUGACUGCCUUCAAGAGGCAAGUAAAUAGGGACCUUUAAAUUCUAAUGGCCUGUUUACAAGGAGAGAGGGUUUCCCUUGUGCUGGGGUUACCCUAGCAAGCGGGUUAAAGUUAGCUCUGGUUUACAAGCAAAUUUCACAAGUAGGGUUACCCUAGCGCUAGAGUAACCUUACCUGCCUUGUAAACACGUCGUGUAAAAGAAAGAAGAAAUGUGCGAUUUCUAGGGUAACCCUAGCACCAGGGAUACCCUCCCUCCUUGUAACGAGGGCCUAAGACGAGAGAGUACGAUAUUAUCUCAGUACGAAGUAGUGCCUGCGAGAGAACAAGCGUCAUUUUGGCGGGAAAACAUGAUAGCCGUCGUCUUUCUACCACGAGUUUCAGCGAGAAUGUCGCAGUGACGGAAAUGAGUUAUCAAAUGUUAGAAGUUUUAUCAGUAACCCCCUUCAAUAAAAAUAUGAGUGCCAACUUUUAUCGUAAAAAAAAGAUACAAUGAAGCUUUUUGCGGUAUCCAUUUCUUGCAUGUCCUCGUAGCCGCCCCUGUCCUUGAAUCUUAAGAUCUCUAAUAAAUACCAGCUGAAUACCAGCUGGGGACAAUCUUAGACUAUAGUAAUCCUUAGAGAUUAGAGGAUAACAUAAUCACGCAACAAAAAAAAGGAACAAGAGUCUCUGGUGCUCAGAAAACUAUAAGACCCCAACAAAGUAUCAAAUUCACAGCCCUAACGGCAAACUCGUGCUCCUGCACAACCCGCUCACUCUAAGGCGAAUUUCACUCUAAACGCCAUGAUACGUUGUAUUUAUUUUUCAUGUUCCGUGACAUAUUAAGUCAAUUAUUGAUGUGGGCGGAAUCUUCCUUUGAGAGAGCUCUGUUUGCCGGGAAAAUGCAUUAUAGGUUGAUUUGGCCACAGGCAAGGCCCAACAUAUAAAGUUCUUUAGUGAACUGUACACGCUCCGACUCUGAGCGCUAUGCGUUGUGUAUCCUCCAGAAUAAUUUUAUGGGCAUCACUGGAACUCGAAGAGAUAAUGAUAAGAUAUUUCCGCCAGAAUUCAAAGAAUACAUGCACAAUGUAGAGUGGUAUCUAUAUUCUCUAUAGCCCAUGUUAAACCACUCUCAUCUCUUUAAAACAAAGGUAAGUGCAAAAUCUUAAGCUUGAAAAUAGUUUCCCAUUCUCAUUCAGACGCAACUCAUUUUCAUAUGAAAGGUUUUGCCUCAUUCUGAAAGUGGGGGUUUUUGAAACCCAAAACGGACAGGUCAGUAUAGUGUAUUUUCAAGAGACAUAUGCAUUCAAGAUAUGCCUCCUUUUCUGAUUGGUUUACGACGCUUGGCUAAUUCCUUUUAGUAAAAUCCAACUAGUGGUCUAUCAUCAAUGCUGCGUUCUGAUUGGUUGAGCUACUACUAGGCUACAUGUUAUAGCCCACUAGUAGCGCAAAGCGCCGGCUUUUUGGCGGCAAAAAAAGAUUAAAGUCUAGCUUUAACUAGCUAAAGUUGUUUUGUCUCGAUAUUUUUUUAACCAACUAGUUGAAUUUUGCUAAAACAAUUAUUCCUCUCGCCCUCAUGACCUCUGAGUCAAUAGCCCAUUCGGCCUUCGGGACUCAGAGCCUCUUCGGGCUCGAGGAAUAAUUGUUAAAUAGCCCUAGCGUUGACUAAAUAAGGAAGAAGUUUACAACGCUAAUGAUGCCAAUUGUAGACAGAAAAAGGGACAGCAGAAGACGCGGUAGUUCAGCUCUUUUGUUAAAGACGGAGAAAAUGACGGAAGAAGAAGUAAUAGUCAAACUACUAAAACGUAGCAAGGAACGCAAAAAUACCAGCUCGACGAUCAUCGACGAAUUACAACUGCUUCUCAUUAAACAUCUCUUUCUGCCCUAGAUUUGCCCAGCGGCAGGCAAAUUAAGACAGGAACUUAAAAUCGAUCGAGGUAAGCAUGUUUUGAAGUUAAACAUAUUUGAACGAGAGAUAACACAAUUAUUUAAUCUGGCUUUCGUAUGAUAUGAAGAAUCAGGCAGACCUGGGAGCGAGGCAGAUAAGCCGUGCCAGAUAAUACCCUCGUUCUCGAUCUGUCCAAUUCUUCAUAUCAUACUAGAAUCGAAUCCAAUAAUUGCUGAUUAGCCUAAAUACUCCAACAAUAUUAAGAUAUACAAAGCGAAAUAAAUUUGUCUUUUUUCUAUAAAAGCAGUUUUAUUAACACAAAAAGUUAAAAUUGUAGGUUUAAAGGUUUUCGGUAUUGUUUGAAAUAAAAAAAUUUACGACAUUCAAGAACAUCGAGAGACCUCAUUUUUCCUCAGUAAAACAAUUUUGAAAAUCAUUUCAUUUCCCGAAGUGAGAUAAGGGUGUUAGAACACUUCGUUGUGUCUUCUUUUCUGCGAGGUGUUUAAAAUUUCCUCUUAGAGAAUAAAAUCUGUAGUUUAUAAAAAAUUUCCACUCACUGAAAACAUUUUACUGCCAUGGUUUUUAAGGCAGUUCGAAGAAUGUACAUGAUUCCGUGAUAUGUCCGUUCCAACAUGACUUCUGUGUGUUCACAGUUGGAUUUUCAAGGAGUUAUAAUAACUCCGCUAGAGGGGUUAAUUUAACUCCUUACAGAUUAACUCCUUAUAAAUUUUUUCAAAAUUCUAUCUGUGAAGUAUGUAACAGAUAGCUGAGUGGAGUGAUUCCUGCAAAAACCAAAUUGAAACUUGUUAAGUAAAUAUUUCUUUUCCAAAUAGCUUUGCAGCUGUUGACAAACUUGAUUACUUUUUUCUCUAAAAACUUUCUUUCUUCAUAAACGAGUUAACUGUUGAUGAAUAGGCUUGAGGGCUAUCAACACAAAACGGCGGGGAAAUUGGCGCGAAACGAAUGAGCGGCGAUGGAAUAACUUCAGUUCAUACGUUACAUGGCUUCUGGUUGGACAAACAAUUUCUCCACCGUGGGUCAUGAUUGACAAAAAACUUAUUGGCCACGUGCAAGUAUUUAAAUGACCAAAUUCAGCACUGAAUAACAUAAUAGGGACUUGAAGCAAAUAGUUACGGCGACCUCUACAGUGGCGGUCGUGGAUGCGCAGUCCUGGAGAAAGUACGUCACCGUAGUCCGCCAAAAUUUCAAGUAAGCGGCGUCCGAACAGUGACUAGGGUUCAGUGACGGAGGCUCACUUGCUAUUGUUGUUAGUAAGUCGUAAUGACCUCCUUUAGAGAAGCAAGGGAUGUCAAUUUUCUCUCUUAUGAUCAAGGAUUAAUCAGUGACGAUAAGUUUUUGUUGCUAUAUGAUUCGUACAAGCCCCAAAAUCUAGAUUUUCCGUGCGACUUGUACACGGCAUCUGACCUCGGUUGAGGAUAAGAAAUUUUAGAUUGAGAAAACGCAGGAAAACACGUAAUUACCGGAAAACCAGAAGCGUCCAAUACUUUCUUGAUAAAGUAAAAAACAAUCUGUGAUAGGAUUUAAACCUGUGAUUGAAAAAAAUAGGAGAAAACUAGACUUUUAUACUCACGCAGUAGCGACUACGCCACAAGACAGGUCUUCACCUUGCAGGAUUUGGCGCUUGGGCGAAAGGUCACUUCAAGGCAUUCGCACUGCGUCAUUUUUGGGCUUUUACUUCCGGCCGCCGUAGUAGAGGUCGCCGAGGCGAUGUUCUUAAAGUCCCUAACACCACCUCCGCGGUAUCGCCAGUACCUUGCGCAUGCGCUCAGCCAUAUGGCCUUAGGCGACUUAGGCGAAAGGUCUUACUUGCGAUUGCUGAAACAGCCGUUUUAUGAGGCGAGUUCACCUGCUCCACCUUACACAGGCUUGGAGGCGCAAACAUAUGGAGAUGGGAUCAGCUAUAGAAAUCAGCUAGUGUUCUGCCCAAAAAACUGGUAACAAGAAGACUGGUACUGGCCAUGCCGCGGAGUUGGUAAUGUGUGCUAAAUUGCUGGAUUUGGUCUUGUUUGAAAAAUUCACAUGUCUUUCUACUUGAUAAAACAAACCACUUGAUUGGGCUUUCAAGAACCAAAUUUCUCGAGGCGGUUUUUUUCCGAGGCAUUCCCUCUCAGAACUAUUCAUUAAAUCUUUUUGCCCCUAAUAGAUUCUCAUUAAAAAUUUCAAAUUGUUUUUUUCAAAAUUCCGCUUUAAAUAAAUGGUACCAGGUCGAAGCCCGUCCGAAGACUUUUCAUUUUUGGAAUAGAAGCACUAGAGGAUUUCUUCCAUAGAUUAAAAUGUUACCACUAGGUUGUUCAGAAUUAGAGCAAGGACAAAUUGACUAAGGACGAUGGCUGUUUUCGCAAGGACGUACAUUGGGCACGCGUUGGAGAGGCGUUGAAAAAUUUCGAAAUUCAUUGAAAGACACCUUGGUGUCAAUGCACUACCAGCCGGAGGUUCAAGAUUUUAUUUGUGGAUUGAAUUAAAUAUGGCACGUCAGACUAAGAUACAUCUUAAACCAAGUCAUGCUAUUACCUUGUAGUAUAUAACACGACAGGGCUUUCCACGCGACGAAGAUUUAGCACGAUUUUAGAAACGGGCCAAGUUUACCUUCCCAAACUUCUGAGUAAAUUACGUUGCGAAAAAAAACCGUGAUCCUGAAAAAAGUUAUUGUAGUCGCACUAAAAGAUUUUGUCAAAAAGCUGAAAAUUAAGGAAAUAAAUUUGAAGAAUUUUAAAGGAUUUAUAAGCUUUGUUGAAGAUAGUUCUUUGAAAAGUUCGACGAUUAUUUUUCCAUUUAGUCUUUCGCCGGGUCAUAAGACCACAAGAUCAAUUGCACAAUUUGUCAAAAAUAGCCUGCCAUUUUCUUUCUCUUAAUAUUUUCGCCACUUCAGUACUUUUACCGAAAAUGGCGUCCUCUAUCAUUAUGAAUCCCUCAUAAGCACUCAGUGCAAUAAAGCGAGUAUUAUAAGUAGGAAAAAGCUUUUCAGCUGGAGCUUUCAUUGGAGUAGUUAGACUCGAGGAUUUUAUCAAGGCAUUCAAAGCUAAGGAUGGAAAAGAGAAUUUCAAAAGAAAUUUUUAAGAUGAAAGGGUUCCUUAAUUUUCCAUUUGGCUUAGCGGCCCUUUAAACUCUUCACACUUUUAUGUUUAUUUCUCAAUCAUUGCCCGCCAUCGAUAUUUUCAUUUUCUGCCACGCGGCCCUCUUAUUAAAAUGAAAAAUGAGCUCUGUCGUCCUUCACGAAUUCAAGUAUCGUUAGGCGUCAAAUGUCAAUGCCGAACGGCCCUAUUUAUUUUUUGCCACUAGUUACUCUUCCGUGUAUGUCAAAUGUCAUUAAUAUAUUUUUCCAGAAGAAUGACAACUUGAGAGCAAAAUGCAUUUCACUAAAAGUUUCCGGAUAACUGCUGUACUACAUAAGACUUGACAAACAGACUGAAAAUCAAAUAACAUUUAACAACGUGGCGAUACCUUGGUGAUUGAAGACUUGAUAAUUUGAUUAAGGGUAUAAACUACUGCGUUUAGCAUUAAUUUGCGUUACUAUUUGUUAACAAUAAGCCUGCGGUAAAGUACUGUAUAUUUUUUUCUGUCUUCGUCCUCCGUAUUUGCACGAAAGCUUCCUAAUACAUAUCAACGAUCAAUCAUUUGCGAUGGCGUCCUCAUAAAUGCCAUAAAACAGCGAUCUGAUUGGUUGAGGUCAGCUUCAUAUUAUGACAUAAUUUGCAAUUAAAGAUUUCUACACUUUUGCUGUUAAAUCUUGCACAAUUCAUAUUGAAACAACUUAAAAGGUUUCUUUCAUGCACGACGGCAGAAAGAUAAAAUGUUUUAAAUUUGUCCAUCAGUUUAUACUGAGAAAUUUUUUUACAGCUGUCGAAUUUUUCAAAGAACAGCAAAGAGCUCAUGGUGACCCCAGAUUAUAUGGGGAUCCAACAGAAAGCUGUAACGACAAAUGUAAGUAUAUAAACUAAUGAAGCUGCAAAAAGGUAGGUUUAGCUUUCUAAAUACAUUUUUCCAUAAUACUUUGAUUCUCAUGUAGUUUCUCUCUAUAAAUAGGCUAAGAGGGCAGAAGGUCUAACCGAAAUUUGAUUCAAAUGGAACGGCUUUUAGGCAUUGAGAACUAGACUCAGGACGACAACGACGCUGCUAACUAUCGGAGACAAGUUCUUAAGAUAACACAUCGCUUCGACAAAAUUGAGUAGUAUAGGCAAUGAAGGCAAAAAAUGACUGAGCAUUCCGUGACUUAAAGUUAAACAUUUCCCGUUUAAAAAUGUAAAAGAUAAAGAAAAUGAAACGAGGUUAUUUUAGUGAAAAUUUUAAGUGAAAUCCGUUUUGCCGUCAUUAGGAUUUGGAAAAUAUUGUUUUACUGGUAUGUGUAAGGCAGGCUUGUAUUUUACUAUCACAGACAGUUAUAGUUUCACCAUUUAUUUUUAAUAUUUCUAGUCUUACUCAAAUCUUAUUAUUAAUAGAAUCUCAUGCAAUAAUUCAAUAGAAGAGCUAAAGAGCUAAAACGAAGUUAAAGGAAGACUUAUAUGAGGACUCUCUCGCAAAUAGGUCAAUAAAAAUUGAACAAAGAUAAGAUUAGAAUCUACCACAAAAAAUAGAACAAAAUAUCCAAUACACUUUCAUUAAUACAGUAUGAAUGGAUUAGAAGAUCCACUGACGACAAACCUAAGUUUUUGUGAGUUUGUUUGUUUUAGCAGUUUUCUCUUUAAGAAAGCUUUCCUCGAUAGACAAGCAAUGACAGUUUCAUCCCUAUUUAUUUUAUAAACAAUUAUGGUCAAAUUUUUGAGCCAAGGCAGAAAUAAACCGCAAAAUCAAUCUACAUCACUUCUGGUACAAUCCAAUUGUAAAUUUCGAAUGUAAUAAAUGUCAUAAAUGUAAUUUAAUUCCUAGUUUAUUCCUCCUUUGUCUUAUUCAUCGGGAUUUUUUGCAAUUUAUAGAAUCGGCCAGAACCUAACGGCACUUAAAGCACCAGAUUUGCGAUUUCUUUGUCAUAAUGCUGGAUACAUUCCUGGUCAAAUAUUAAAAUGUUCCUUCGCGAGAACUAAAAGGAACAUUUCAAGCAAAAUACUCAGGGGAGGUCAAACCCAAGGUAGAAAAGGUAAAAAAUUCGGAACAUUGGGUAGCAACAGUAAGCGGCUUUUCUAGCUGUGAGACCUAAGCAACAAGAAGAGACUAGACCGCCUCUCGCAAAAGGAUCUGGAGAGGAUGAACUAAACGAAUAAUCGAUCAAUUCGGUCGGACUUAAAGUGUCAAGCCACCGUAAUUCGUUGAUUCUAUUCAAUGUUUAAUACCUUUGCAGGCAUAGAAAGCCUGGGAAUGUAUUGGCAAAGGACACAAUUUAUUUUAUUGAGAAAUUCACGGCCCUGUAAGGAAGAAACAUUGGCAACCUUCAGGAUCAUACAUCGCGCUUUUAAACAAAUUUAGAGAAACUUGAAAGACAUUAGGCAAACGUUGUUAGGUUUGCACGGAUUCAAGCCCUUUUUUCAACCUUUUCCUAUUUUUAGUCAAUCCUUCGUGAUUUGCCCAGAGUGAAAUCCACCGUUGUGAAAAACCUAGUCCUACGAAGCGGUUAUAACGCGGGNAAGCCUGGGAAUGUAUUGGCAAAGGACACAAUUUAUUUUAUUGAGAAAUUCACGGCCCUGUAAGGAAGAAACAUUGGCAACCUUCAGGAUCAUACAUCGCGCUUUUAAACAAAUUUAGAGAAACUUGAAAGGCAUUAGGCAAACGUUGUUAGGUUUGCACGGAUUCAAGCCCUUUUUUCAACCUUUUCCUAUUUUUAGUCAAUCCUUCGUGAUUUGCCCAGAGUGAAAUCCACCGUUGUGAAAAACCUAGUCCUACGAAGCGGUUAUAACGCGGGGUCUCUUGUAAUAUUUCUUAAGCAUCUCAUUGUAACUGCAAAAUUAAAGUUUAUCAACCUUUCUCUCAGUUUAAGAUGGCGAGCUCAACACCAGAGACACCAAGCAACGGCAACGUCGUUGAGGAAAAAUUUGACGAGCAAGUCAUUCUAAUUUCCACGACGUUUCUCGUUAUCAUCAUCCUCAUGGCUUUGUUUGGAAAUGUUUUGGUUGUCAUUGCCUUUGCUGUUUUCCAAAAACUCCGCAGCAUGACUAAUUAUUUUAUAGUCUCUCUUGCUGUGGCGGACAUUCUUGUAGCAGCGGUGUCUAUGCCAGUCUGGGCUGCAUAUCUCCUCACGGGACCUGCGUGGAUGUUUGAUUUGUGGCUUCAACAGGUUCUGAAGAGUUUCACCUUUUUAAUCUUGUUUUCUAGGAUUUGAAUUUUCCUGACAAUUUUUAAUCCUAGGCCUAAACCAUUAAGAUGAGCAAGUAGCAAGUACACGGGGACAAUACUGAUCAGGCACUGAUCUAAGAAAAAACAUGACUGUCUUCGAUUGAACGCAGGCGGUAGACGCACUUGUCGCACCAUGUAAGGUUUUGCAAGACAGUCUUGAAUUCUGAAUUUCACGCGGUGGGUUUCCGGAUUCCGGGUAAUGGAUCUGGAUUCACUGUCAGUGGAACAUGGAUUCCGAAUUCCAAACGUUAACCGGAUUUCGGAUUCCUUGAGCUAAAUUCCGGAUUCUAUAAGUAAAAAUUCCCCGGAUGCCGAAAUGCGGAUCGGAUUACCUUACAUGGAGCGAUGCUACAAUCUUUUGCUUUGUCCCCGAACACUCAAUGAAAAUUUUGACUCUUGAAAGUCCGCUCCCCUUUAGAGAAUCUGUUUUAAGAAAUUUUUCAAAAUUCAAUCGGUAGAAAAUUGAGUGAAAACAGAUGAACCAUACAGAGGUCAAUAUACUAAGAUUUUGUGCUUUCUUGACCAGGUUUGGAGUUGUGUUGACAUCCUCUGUGGAGUGGCUUCCAUCCUUCAUCUCAGCUUAAUUAGCAUCGAACGCUACAUCUGCAUUUCUUCGCCACUCACCUACCACGAGAAAAUGUCGACCACAAAGGUACUGGUAGCCAUACUGAUUAUAUGGUUGUUCUCAAUCUUCAUGGCUGCCCUCAACUUAAUCAUCUGGUCUGUACCUCCCCCAGUCUACGAGAUAAUCGUAAGUGUCUUGUGCUUUUUCAUUCCCUUGGUGGUCAUGCUUGUGUGCUACAUGAAGAUAUACAAAGCCGCCCGUCAUCAGAUAAAGAAGAUGAUUCUCACGGUUCAAGGAAGCCCUAAGAAAUUUCUUCUGUCCAAGGAACUCAAGGCAGCAAAAACAGUAGCUGCUGUUAUUGGUGCUUUUGUCAUCUGCUGGGGGCCUUUCUUUGUUCUAAAUCUCAUCUUCGGUCUCUGUAAAAGCUGCUCACCGCUCCCCGAAGAGUCAGUUCUUGCGGCCAAAUGGUUGCAUUACGUCAACAGCGUACUCAACCCAAUCAUCUACGCUUGCAUGAACAAAGACUUUCGCGCCGCAUUCAAGAAGCUUCUUGCUUUUAUCUGCUUUUUCCUUCCGGGGGUCCAGCGGCUGGACAUGACACUAGAAAGGUCGUUUUAUAGCGAGAGGAACUCUGUUCGAUCAGCUAGGGGAAGCUCUUUCAAGGAAGUGAAUUGUCGAAAGGAAAGCAGCUCACUGCACUCAAAUGUUUCUUACAAAGAUAUAAAUGGAUACCAGUCAUGGGAAAAGCCAUGUUUUGUAUGA